UAAUGUGUUAAAUUAUAACCAUCUCCGACUAUACUACACAUAUAUAAACAAGCCAUACACGUAUCAAAUUAACAACAAGCAUUUGAAAAGAAAAGGAAGAUUAAAAAGAUGGGCAACUUUCUCUGGAAAAGCAGCGACGUGCACCCGGUGUUCGGCGACGGAGGACGGAGAGAGAACCUGGAGGCCGGAGAAAAGAAGGGUCCCUUAAGGAUAAAAGUGAGGAUGAGAAGGGAUAAACUAGAAGAGCUUUUAUAUUUGUCUCGUCGUGGUGACCAAUCUGAGGGUGACGGCGAAGGUGGUGAGAUUGGUUUCUUGAUUCUUAAAGAAUGUAUGGAAGGUCACUUGCCGGCGACGGUUCUUGGCUCGGGUGAUGAUGUUCCACCUCAACGGUGUGAAAAUUACUUGGUGUCUAGAAGAUUGAGUUCCAUCAAAGAGGAAUAACUGAAUGAAUAUGUCUUGAUUCAUGGAUACCAAAUAUACUUUAGAUAACCGCACUUUAGUAACGUUUUUUUUUUUCAGAUCCUUCUAAUAUAUAGUAUUAUAUUAGGCUAAGAAGAAUAAGAGAGUAUGUUGGCUCAUGCAUUGUAAAGAUACCAGUAUUACCGUACUAUGUACGGGCACUAAUAUAAAAUAUGUUUAUUUUGAACAUACUAUUAGAAUUUAUAAUUAAGAUAACAUUAAAAUUUUGAUGUUUAUAAUUUACAACAGUUCAAUAUAGACACAAAAUAUAUAAUGUUAAUAUUGUUUCAAAACCAAUAUAAUCAUUAAAUAUGAUCGAACAACGAAAAUAUAUAUCUUACAAAAGUACAAUUUGUCAACUUAGUUUUGAGGUUAUUAUAUUUUGUAGUUAUUUUCUUAUUCUCUCACUCAUGUUUACUUUUUUGGUCAUAUUCUUUUAUAUUUCUUUUUAUACAACGAUGCUAUUUGCUUCGGCAUUUCUUUUUGAGGGAAUCUACAAAUUUAAUAAAACUAUUUAAGGAAAAAAAAUCAGAAGUGUAUAUUGAAUAAAAAAUAAGAUAUCACCACAUUUUAUAGAUUAUAAAAAGUUAAACACACACAAGAAAAAUAUGGAAUACUUACCGAGUCUAAAUAAUAGACAUAAGUCUUUUUUCUCCUACAACCCGAAUUUCUUAUGCCCUAUUUUUUAUUUCUAAUUAUCACAACAUUUUUCCUUUCUUCUUUUCUUCUUGUUGUACUUCUCAAGUUUUCUAGGGGCCAUGGAAGUGUGGUUUAAGGUGAGCCUCUUACUCCUUCCCUGAAUUAUCACCAAAACAAAUAAACGUGUUCCAUAAAUUGAUAAUUAGUUUAGUCUAGUUUAGUCCAUUAUGAAAAUUAAUUGACCUAU